AUGCUCUCUCGUGCUAAGCCGGCGGUUGCACCGUCAAACCCUACUCCUGUAUUGGAUUCAUUUGAAGCUAAAAAGAUGGUUCCUAAACUAGAAACCUAUAUCAACAAUCGUGACUAUGUUGGGGCAGUUACACUUCUCGAGUUUACAAAGGCAUCAGGAAAUGGCAAUAUGGAAAAUAUGAUGUGGCUUGGGUAUUCACUCUUUCAUCUUGGGGAUUACAAAAAAGCCAUGGACGUAACUGUGCUUCUUAUUGAAAACUGCGAUUCAUUGGUGCAUCUAUAUCUUGCAUGUUGCUACUUUUUUCUAGGAAUGUAUAGAGAAGCAGAUGAAGAAGCUCAACGAGGUCCAACAUGCAAACUGCAAAAUAGAUUGUUAUUCCACCUAUCGCAUAAAUUCAAUGACGAAAAACGACUUAUGGGAUAUCAUCAGAAUCUUCAAGAUGUAAUUGAAGAUCAGCUAAGUCUUGCAUCGAUUCACUAUUUGCGCAGCCAUUACCAAGAAGCAAUCGAUAUUUACAAGCGAAUUCUUCUUGAAAACAGAGAUUUUUUGGCCAUCAAUGUGUAUGUUGCCAUGUGUUAUUACAAAUUAGACUACUACGAUGUAUCCCAAGAAGUAUUAUCAGUGUAUCUUGGAGCGUAUCCAGACAGCGUGAUUGCAACAAAUUUGAAAGCAUGCAAUCAUUUCCGACUGUACAAUGGCAAAGCAGCUGAAACUGAAUUGAAAGGACUAUCUGAAAAAAUGUCACACAACUUUCAGUUUGCUGAAGAUCUCAUCAAACACAAUCUUGUUGUGUUUAAAAAUGGAGAAGGUGCGCUGCAGGUUUUACCUCCACUGAUUGAUGUGAUUCCAGAAGCGCGUCUGAAUCUGGUGAUUUACCAUUUGCGCAAUGAUGAUAUUGUAUCUGCUUUCAAUUUAAUGAAAGAUGUUGAGCCAUCUACCCCACAGGAGUACAUUCUUAAAGGAAUAGUAAAUGCCUCGCUUGGUCAGGAGCAAGAGUCAAGAGAGCAUCUAAAAAUAGCACAGCAAUACUUUCAGCUGGUUGGAGGAUCUGCUAGCGAAUGCGAUACUAUUCCAGGUCGUCAAUGCAUGGCAUCCUGUUUCUUUUUACUGAAGCAGUUUGACGAUGUUCUUAUCUACCUCAACUCAAUCAAAGGAUAUUUCUAUAACGACGACACGUUUAACUAUAACUAUGCACAAGCUAAAGUUGCUACGGGUGCAUUUGAAGAGGGCGAAGAAAUUUUGCUGACGAUCCAAAGCGAAAAGUUUAAAAAUGAAAACGCAUAUUUGAGUCAUUUGGCACGAUGCUAUAUUAUGAACAAAAAGCCUCGGUUGGCAUGGGAGCUUUAUUUGAAAAUGGAAACAUCAAGCGAAUCGUUUAGCUUGCUCCAGUUGAUUGCAAACGAUUGUUACAAGACAUCACAUUUCUAUUAUGCUGCUAAAGCAUUUGAUGUUCUUGAACGACUGGAUCCUAAUCCCGAGUUUUGGGAAGGCAAACGAGGCGCGUGUGUUGGCGUAUUUAAACAAGUCAUCAACAGUGAAGAGUCUAAAGAAUAUCUCAGAGAUGUCAUUUCAAUGCUGAGAAACACAUCCAACCCACAGGUGGAGUACAUUAUCCGAGUGAUGAAAAAGGUAAGAUUUUAA